AUGUUUGGUCGAAUUAGAAUGGCCUUAGCAACACUAUUUCCAGGAGAGAAGAGGAGGUUGUGGUGGGCUUUCAUCAUUGCAGCUGUGGCUGUGUUGUUGAUCGGAAGCUUUGUGGAUAGGGAACAUUGGUUUCUGUUUGGAAAGGGAUCUCUUGCUUCGUCAACGCGACAAAGUUCAAAACGAAACUAUCACUCCUCCAAUACAACAACAGACAGUUCAUCGAUGUCAUUUUCCUCCUCAUUUGCACAACUUGAAAGCACAACUUCUUUAAUCAACUCCCAAACCACUCCAUGCGAAGAUUAUCAAGUCGCUUACUAUCCCGACGACGAUGAAACCCAACCCCUUCAAUGCGGCGAAUGCAUUCCUGGCACCUCAGGUAUAGACACUCCCGAAUUUUGCAAUUUGGAUGAAUACUGUACGGAUGAAGGCAAAUGUGAAAAAGUGACCUCACAUCCUCUCUUUAGGGCUGCUUGUCCAAGAGAAUUAGGACGAGCGCUCACUAAGGACGGAUGGUGUGGUCCAGGACUUCGAUGUUUGCAACAUACAUGUCGACAGUGUGUCACUGGAAUGAUGGAUUAUGCGGAUGGUAAAAUCUGUGUGGAUGAUGUGUGGACAUUUGACACUCUAAAGAUUGGAUUUUAUCAUCCCACAGUGAUAUUCUUGACUGCUUUUGUGGUGUUGGUGGCAUUGAAUAUGCUGUUAGAUGGUUGUAUCGAUGCGUUGUUUGCUCUGCAAAAGAGAAGGCGAAGGAGAAUUGAGGAAAACUUGAAAACGUUUUAUCAAUACAUGGUCUCGACGCAACAAGAGCAACCAUCACAAAAACAAUCUCCUUCUGAUGAUUUGUAG